AUGUCGCGUCCAUCGAUCGUGUACACCGCUGUGGUGAGAGGCAAAGUAGCUUUGCCGUGCAGCAUCGAACCCCCAGGACAGGACGAUGAGGUCGCUCUCGUUCUCUGGUACAAGGAUGACAUUCCCGCGCCAAUUUUCACAAUCGACGCCCGUGGAUCGCGGGACCUGGAAUCGGCGCGCCAAACCUCAGUCGAUCAAUUGGGCACCCGCGCGGUCUUCAAUAUCGCCAACAAGCCCUCGUUCCUCCAACUCGAUCCUGUCAACGAGGCCGACGGAGGAGAAUAUCGGUGUCGAGUCGACUUCAAACGAGCUCGUUCCAUAAACACCGUCAUCAAUUUGCGAGUUAUCGUGCCUCCAGGAGAGCCCGCGAUCUUCACGGAGAGCGGAAAAACUUUACGAGGACUAGCGGGCCCAUUCAACGAAGGAGAUCCCUUGACCCUCACUUGCAAGGCCGAUAUCGGCAAACCACGACCUACGUUGCACUGGAUGCAGGAGAACCGGGUGAUCGACGAGAAAUUCUACUUCGAUGUCGACAGGAACAUCGUCCGUAAUACUCUCGAAAUCCCACAGCUGAACAGGUCGGACCUUCUCGCAGUGCUCACGUGUCAGGCGGCCAACAACAACAUCACUUCACCGUCGCAGACAUCGAUCACGCUAGACCUUAACUUGAAACCGUUGGAUAUAAGUAUACAACCACCUGAACGAUCGCUCUCGGCUGGCAAAUCCGUUGAAUUAGUCUGCACGUCAAGCGGUUCACGACCGCCAGCUGUGUUGACUUGGUGGAAGGGCGAUCAACAAGUCAAAGCAACCAAAGAGGAUUUCGCCAAAGGUGGUCUCAGCACGAGUACGAGUGUCCUCGUUUUCACGCCGACGGCUGAUGAUCACAAGAGAGUGAUCGCGUGUCGAGCCGAGAAUCCCUCGAUACCUGGCAGUGCUCUAGAGCAGAACUGGAGAUUGGAUGUGCACUAUUCGCCUCGGAUGAAGCUGACGUUGGGAAGCAACUUGCGGGAAAGCGACAUCCAAGAAGGUCGUGACGUCUACCUAGACUGCAAGAUUCGCGCCAAUCCGCUGACAUCUGAAGUUAUUUGGGAAUUCGAGGGCCAAGAGCUCCAAACAGACAAGAACAAAGGGAUCAUUGUUAGCAGUUCGUCCCUUGUUCUGCAAAAAGUACAACGUUACCAACGCGGCUGGUACACUUGUUCAGCCACGAAUCGCGAAGGUGUGGCCAUUAGCAACAGACUGUAUCUACGAGUGAAAUAUUCCCCGCGUUGUAAGGAGACCCAACGACGAGUGUACGGGGUGUCUUUGCACGAGACCACCUCAAUACGUUGUGAUCUGGACGCUGAUCCCGAGUCGGAGAUCGAAUACACCUGGGCGUUCAAUAACUCACAGGGCAAAAGAGCAGAUCUGAAUCCUGUCACCGCAAGUGCACACCGCACUUCAAGGUCCAUCAUCAACUAUAAGCCCAUGACAGAACAGGAUUAUGGAGAGCUCCUUUGCUACGGCACUAACGAAGUAGGACAGCAAUUGGUUCCAUGUGUUUAUCAGGUUGUCGCCGCUGGUACUCCAGACCCUCUGGAAAAUUGUUCCCAGGUGAACGCCACCGAGAGUGGUUUUACAAUCGAAUGCACCGAAGGUCCCUGGAACGGAGGCGUCGCGCAGUCGCAAGUGUCAUUCGUGGCGGAAGUGUUCAAUGUAGACACGCAGGAAUACGUGACCAACGUCACAGUCGAGGGCUCUCCGGUGUUUCUCUUUAAGGAGUUGCCUAACGCUGAGAAUAAUGACGCCGGAUACCGUGUACAGAUUAGCGCUCUAAACCACAAGGGUCGAAGUUCGGUCACGUUGAUCAUAGCUCAUGUACUCAACGCAUCGAAAUACACCCAGCCACCACGGCUAAUGGUCAUCCGACCUGUCAUUGGAAUCAUUUUGGGCCUUAUCAUAACAAUAGCAUUUGUGGGGUUCUUUGUCUUCACCCUUCUCAAGUGCAAAAAAUAUCAAGCUCAGAACAAAGCUCUCGAACCGCAGAAGAACAGCAAAAAGUCGGUGACCGUCAUCAAAGCGGACUCCCUGAAUAGCCAAAUGGGCCCAUCCCCUUUGAGCUGCUCAGAAUCCUUGUUUGACCUUGAACGCGGUCCAGACAUCCUUCAGCCAAGCGGUUUGGCCUCAAACGAGAUGAAGAAGAACGUUGUGUCAACAACCGUGUCUGAUUACUGCGAGGACGACGACCGGGGGUUCUCGAUAGACAUGUUUUAUAAGCCAGCCCUAGCGGGUACAGAUACUCCAACCGAAAUACCUCACAACCAGACGACGGUUAGCCCUGCAUUAUCUCGCCAGCUCAUGGAGCAGCAGAUCCAUGGAGGGCCGAUCGUAGAGCUGUAUGCGACCUUGCGGCAGCAUCACGGGAGUGCAGCACAACGCCUCGAUCAUCUCCGGCUUCACAAAGGAGGAUUAUCCACAGCCACUGCAGCCACAACAGCCAUGGGACUGGGAGACGGGGCACGCGGGUUUGUAUCCGUGGAGCUCGUCGACAUGCUUUCAACCGGAAACCAGGUGAUGAUGUUGAAGCCUCCAUCAAACCCGUUCCAUUGUGACAUUCAUUACGCGCAUGAUGUCAGCAUAGCGAAGAACAAUUUCGUGUUCGCCUGGCCGGGGGCAUGGUGGUCGCAAUGGGCACCCGGAAUUUAUUGUCUGGGCAUCGUUUUCAUACUGUGCCAGCUGAACACGCAGUGCAUAGUGAAUGGCAACGUACACUAG